AUGUGGAAAAGUUGUGAGUUCGUGAGGAUUAACGAAAUCAGAUAUCGACUGGUCAAUCCGGAAAGUGACUCAGUGGAUUUUCUUGACAAACAACUAGAGGACUUUGGUCUAGAGGGAGAUAAAAAAAAGGAAAUCGUUACCAACACCCUGUAUAUAACGUCUUUUUGGUUGGAAGGCUUGGACCCUGCAGGGCCUAACUUUAAUGACUAUCCGGAGCUCUGUCUCUCGUCCUCUGACGCGCGUUUCGUAGACAUCAUACAUACAGACCAAGGAUACUACGGUAUUAACCUAAAUAGAGGCACAGUGGAUUUCUUCCCGAACGGCGGUUAUCGUUUACAACCCGGUUGUCAGAGAGCUCUCUAUAUUUACCCGUAUGAUAUCUGCAGUCAUAAACGUUGCUGUGAAAUCUACGCUGAGUCUGUGAACAAUGAGUUAGCCUUCCUGGGGGUGGAAUGUUCUUCAUGGGAUAACUUUUUAUCUGGCGAGUGUAACAAUAAUACUCAGGUCAUCAUGGGUUACGGAACUCCGAAUACUGCAAGCGGCACUGUUUAUUUCAAGACGGCUGCGGAAAGUCCUUUCGGGCUGGGAGAAGAAGGAGUUUAAAAUACGCCGUCGUCAUAUAGUACGAUGAUCGACGACUGCAUCAAAUCGAACUGCAACUUCAUUGUAUUGUUAUUUAUUAUCCAAAUAUGUUGAAUCUAAAAUAAUGUAUAUGAAUAGAGUUCUGUCUCACAAAAUCAUUUGGAAGAGAGACAGUAUGUUCUGGUAACCUAUUUUUCGUGUAGAAUUUGAUAAAUUAGAUACUCGUGAGCCAGCACCUCGAGAACGAUAGAUUUCAGAGCCGUUAGUGUGUUUAAUUUCAAAAUCGAAUAAGAUGCACUACAUAUCACGCAACGAAAAUUCAUAGAAUUAUGUUUGUAAUUUGCUUCAUUAUUGAUCUGUUCUUUGUAGCUACACUGUUGAACUGGUGCAAUAAGUUAGAGUGAGAAAACCUAUAUUUGUCUCACUUUAACUUAUUGCACCAGUUCAACAGUGCAGUUACAGAGAACAGACCAUAUGAUAUCAAUUUUAUCGGCUUGGUCUCUGUACAAUGUCGGAUCGAUUUUUAUGUAUCGAUUGGAGUAAUGGACGAAAGUAUUUAUGCUAACCUGAAUUUUUCAUAACUGUAAUAGGACAGAAUUACUGUUAAAAAGGCAGCGCGACUAUAAUAACGUAUGACAGAACUUCAUAAUUUACUUUACUUAUGAUUAUUCUCCUACUUAUAUUCUGUAUACAAACAUAUUGAAUUACAGUUAUAAAACAAUUAAUAAUUUACGAGAUAUUUUAUAUUUCAUGUAAAAAUAUGCCAAAAUAACAAUUUACGCAGUAACAAAUGGC